AUGUCCAUUGAUUUCCCGGCUGAGGAGGAACUCAUCCUCAAGAACUGGAGGGAGAUCAAUGCCUUCGGGAGGCAGGUCGAGCUUUCCCGUGGUCGCAAACCCUACACUUUCUACGAUGGCCCUCCCUUCGCGACUGGCCUUCCUCACUAUGGCCAUUUGCUGGCCUCGACUAUCAAGGAUAUUAUUCCUCGGUACUGGUCGAUGAAAGGAUACUACGUGGAGAGACGAUUCGGCUGGGAUACCCACGGUGUCCCCAUCGAGUAUGAAAUCGACAAGAAGCUUGGAAUGUCGGGCUUGGAGGCUGUCGAGAAACUCGGUAUUGAGAAGUACAACGAGGAGUGCAGAGCCAUUGUCAUGAGAUUUGCUUCUGAAUGGCGCGAGACCAUCGAGAGACUUGGUCGCUGGAUCGAUUUUGACAAUGAUUACAAGACCAUGAACGCGAGCUUCAUGGAGUCGGUAUGGUGGGUUUUCAAGCAGCUGUUUGAGAAAGACCUCGUCUACCGUGGUUACCGUGUCAUGCCUUACUCGACGGCCCUUAAUACUCCCCUCAGUAACUUCGAAGCGCAACAGAACUACAAGGAUGUCCAAGAUCCUGCCGUAGUUGUAUCGUUCCCUCUCGUCAACGAUCCGGAAACCUGCCUUCUCGCAUGGACAACCACACCUUGGACCCUGCCUUCUAACGUGGCCCUCGCUGUCAACCCAGGUUUCGAGUACAUCAAGAUUCUUGACGAAGCUUCUGGCAAGCACUACGUUCUUCUCGAAUCUCUCCUCCGCACACUUUACAAAGACCCCAAGAAGGCCAAAUUCAAGAUUGUGGAUCGGUUUAAAGGAGCUGAUAUGAAGGAUUGGAAGUACCAACCCCUCUUUGAUUACUUUUACGAUGAAUUCAAGGACCACGGUUUCCGUGUGCUAAAUGCCGAAUAUGUCUCCGCUGAGGAUGGUACUGGUAUUGUCCACCAGUCUCCUGCCUUUGGUGAGGACGAUUACAAGGUUGCUAUGGAUGGAGGCGUCAUCAGCGAGACACGUCUGCCCCCCAACCCUGUCGACGCGACAGGCUGCUUUACAGCAGAAGUUCGUGACUUCGAGGGUCAGCAUGUCAAAGCUGCCGAUAAGGCUAUCAUCAAGCACCUGAAGGGAAAUGGCCGUCUGAUUGUCGAUAGCCAGAUUACUCACAGUUACCCAUUCUGCUGGCGUUCUGACACACCUCUGAUCUACCGCGCCGUGCCAUCCUGGUUUGUCAAGAUCGGCCCCAUCAUUCCUCAAAUGCUGGAAGGUAUCGAAGGUUCACACUGGGUUCCGUCGUUCGUCAAGGAGAAGAGAUUCGCUAGUUGGAUCCAGAAUGCUCGUGACUGGAACAUCUCGAGAAACAGAUUCUGGGGCACACCGCUUCCUUUGUGGGUCAGCGAUGACUUCAAAGAGGUUGUGGCUGUAGGCAGUAUUGAGGAGCUUAAGGAAUUGAGCGGCUAUGAAGGAGAAAUCACUGAUCUUCACCGGGACAAGGUGGAUCAGAUCACUAUCCCCAGCAAGCAAGGCAAGGGUGUCCUUCGUCGUGUUAGUGAGGUAUUUGAUUGCUGGUUUGAGUCCGGUAGCAUGCCCUAUGCCUCCCAGCAUUAUCCCUUCGAAAAUAAGGAACAGUUCGAGAAGAGUUUCCCUGGUGAUUUCAUCGCUGAGGGUCUGGAUCAGACUCGUGGUUGGUUUUACACUCUCACUGUUCUGGGUACACAUCUCUUCGGCAAGCUUCCUUUCAAGAACUGCGUCGUGAAUGGUAUUGUCCUUGCUGAAGACGGAAAGAAGAUGUCGAAGAGACUGAAGAACUACCCGGAUCCUACGCUGAUUAUGGAGCGGUACGGCUCGGAUGCCCUGCGUCUCUAUUUGAUCAAUUCUCCCGUUGUGCGUGCCGAACCUCUUAGGUUCAAGGAGGCUGGCGUCAAGGAGAUUGUUGCAAAGGUUCUUCUCCCUCUGUGGAACAGCUACAAAUUCUUUGAGGGCCAGGCGGCUCUCUUCAAAAAGAACAAUGGCGAGGAUUUUGCCUUCGACCCCAAGGCGGAAGCCACUAACACUAACGUCAUGGACCGCUGGAUUCUGGCAAGUUGCCAGAGUCUUCUCAAGUUUGUCAACGAGGAGAUGGCGGCUUACCGCUUGUACACCGUCGUUCCUCGGUUGCUUGAGUUGAUUGACAACACAACCAACUGGUACAUCAGAUUCAACCGAAAGCGUUUGAAGGGCGAGAACGGUGUUAAUGAUACUUUGCAUGCUCUAAACACUCUCUUCGAGAUUCUUUAUACCCUGGUUAGAGGUCUCGCCCCCUUCACGCCUUUCAUCACCGACACCAUCUACCAAAAGCUUCUCCCCCACAUUCCCGAGUCCCUCCGUGGUGAAGACAGCCGUAGCGUUCACUUCCUUUCUUUCCCUGAAGUGCGCGAGGAGUUGUUCGAUGAAGUUGUGGAGAGGAGAGUGGCACGCAUGCAGAAGGUCAUCGAAAUGGCUCGUAUCUCCCGUGAGCGCCGGUCAAUCGGCUUGAAGUCUCCUCUUAAGACGCUGGUUGUCAUUCACCAGGAUCAGCAAUACUUGGAUGACGUGAAGUCAUUGGAAGGCUACAUCCUUGAGGAAUUGAACGUCCUGGAACUUGUCUUGUCGUCCGAUGAGGCCAAAUACAACGUUCAGUACAGCGUUAGUGCCGACUGGCCCACCCUGGGCAAGAAGCUGAAGAAGGACGCCCAGAAGGUCAAGAAGGCCUUGCCCUCCCUCACCAGCGAUGAUGUUAAGAGAUUUGUUGCUGAUAAGAAGAUCCUUGUCGAUGGUAUCGAACUUGUUGAAGGUGAUCUUGUCGUCAAGCGGGGUCUCAAGGAGGAUGCAGCAUCUGAAGGGAUGGAGCCCAACACCGAUGCUGAUUUGUUGACCAUCCUGGACGCCAACCUCUACCCAGAAUUGGCCCAACAAGGAUUGGGUCGUGAGAUCAUCAACCGUCUGCAACGUCUGCGCAAGAAGGCUGGACUAGUCCCUACUGAUGACGUGAGGAUGGAGUACGCUGUUCUCUCUGACCCCGAUAGCGUCGGUAUCAGUGAGGCUUUCGAAACUCAGGCCAAGGCCAUUGAGAAGGCCGUGCGCCGGCCGCUCGAUCAAUUGACUGUUGUCGAUGGCAAGGUCUCCGGUAAAGAGAAGGAGGCUCUCAUUAUGGAGGAGGAGCAGGAGGUUCAGAAGGCAACCUUCCUUCUGCGGUUGCUCAAGCUGUAG